GUCUGCGUAACACAGUAGAACAAACGCUCCCCCGACGAGUCUACGAGCUCUAGACGACAUUUUUCGAAGCAAAUACGACCGUUUAACGUUGUCCUCUGAAUUAUUGUGCGAAUUUUGGAGAUCGGACGAUCCCUGUCCAAUGUUAUAGGGCUAGAUUUUCAGGCGAAAUAAAACAAACUCGUAUCUGUGGUGAGUUAGAAAUUCCCCUACCUUUCGGCGACCAACAACUUCCUCCUUAGGGGGUCAACACGACUUAAGGACAGACAUUUUCGACUGGAGUUUCAUCCUUCUGUGAAUUCCUCGACCAACGACUUUGAAGGUGAUGAGCUACCCCACGCAGCAGACACAGUACCCAGAAGGCUCUGCGCCUCCACCAAUCGGCUUCAGUGCGCAGCCGCCACCCUACACUACACAGCCAAUGGGAGCCUACCCUCCUCCCCAGGGCCCCCCGUUGCAUGCUGGCGGAAAAGUUGCUCCCAUGAUGCCACCGCAGCAGUUCUCACAAACACCAGUGAUGUACCCUCAGCAGGUCCAGUACGUACAGCCGACCGUUGUCCACGUGACCCAGCCGCCUCAGCAGAGGAGUACUGACGAUGACGACCUCUGCUGCCUGGCCUGCUGUGUCGCCCUCUGGUGCUGGUGAGCAUUCAUCAUUUUCACACUUCCCAUAAUGCCUACUAAAGAUAACGGAUAUGACGUAUCCCCCUUCCUCGAUGUAAUAUUUCCAACAAGUUCUAUCGACAAACUGGUCAACUAUAUUGUUUUGAAGUAUUUAUAUACUAUAAAUCGCAUGCCAUAAUUGCAUUUUUUGUUGGAAUUAGAGAGAAUGACGUACCUUCAACCGAAGACAAUCCUCCUCGUACGGUCGCAUUACGUGUAUCCGCUUCUUACGUCAUAUCCGUGAUCUUUACUAGGCAUUAUGGGAAGUGUGAAAGUCAUGAAUGCUCGUGCCACAGGCGCCAUCUUGUUUCGAUCAGGCUCUCUAGAUCUGGCCUUCUUCGUAGGCGUCCCGUUCCCGUUUUGGAGAGGGAGGGGGGCGCUUAUUUGCAAUUUUUUUGUCUAUUUUCUGAUUGGUCAAGUUUUCUGAUCGCACUCGCUUCUGUGACUGAAUUCCCAGGGGAAAAUGCAAAUAAGAAAAGAGUGCAAACCAGUCCUCCCCCCAAAGACGUGGAUGUAGAGAAAUUAAUAUGAUUA